GGCUUGGUACAAAAGAAAGAUGCACUGCGAAUUUGCUCUCGGUCGAGGUCGUUUUGUUGUAGCUGCAACAAACAUAGCAGCGGGAAGCGUCAUAUUCAAGGAGGAGGCAUACUGCGUUGCACCGAGCGUUAGUAAUACAAAAGCUCAGCGCUGCGUUUACUGCUGCGGUGAUGCACACAAUCCCUUUGGUAAGUGCAACAAAUGCGGUAGUGCGUAUUGUUGCGAAGAAUGUUGGUCGGCACAUUCCAGCAAUCAUAGCGAAACCGGCGAAUGCUGCGCCGUUGGUUUCACAAAAAUAGCUGCCAAAAGCGUCCCUGAAGAAGAUAGGGAUACCUUUGAGAUGGCGUGCUUGGUGUUGGGGCGUUGUGCGGCGGAGAAGAAAAGUGACCGCUUGUGUAGAAUGCUUACCUGCGCUGAAAAUACCUCUUUCGAAACGGUUGGGUCUGGUAUGGAAGUUGCGAGCCCGCUUCAGUUUUUGAACACGGGAGUUUCUCCGGAUACGGUUUUUGUACCUUCAUACGAUCAUGUGGAGUGUCUCGGUACGAACAUGAGAGAGACGAAUCCCGAAAUUGUAGAUGAUUUUUCAGAACUGUACUAUAUAUACGUAGAAACGCUGCAGCACAAAAAAUAUUUGCAGCUGGCGCGCUCAUACGAACACAAGAUGCCCUGUGACGUCAGCUGCGAAACAUUUGUGGCCAUUUGCACCGCUUUUUUGUGUAACGGGUUUGGGAUAUGGAAUUCUGUUAAUCGCCAGCUCGGAGUCGCCUUGUACCCUCAGAGCUCUUAUUUUAAUCACAGCUGUUCACCGAACAUGGGGCGAAGAAAUGUCAGAAAGUCUCGCAACAUUGAGUUCUUUGCGGCAAGAAAUAUUGAGAAAGGGGAACCGUUGUGCAUUUCUUAUAUCGACUUGAAGCUCCCUGCGGUAGAGCGCAAGAGGAAGCUCAGAGCAACAUACUCGUUCGACUGCACGUGCAUACGCUGUGACCCCGCAGCUGAUUUUAUCGUUGCAAACACGGUUUGCUGCAGCUGCGUCCCCGCCCUGUGUUGUAACUGCAUCUCAAAAGUAAUGCAGCCUUUAGGAAUGGGAUGUACAUAUGCCCAUGCUGCGACGAGAAGCAAGAAGCGUCGUGAGACACGUCUCGCGAGCAAAAACGAAUUUUUAAUCGUGUAA